ACUCCCCAUCCCAUUCCCUUUCCUUUACUCUCUCUCUCUCUCUCUCUUGUUUCUCUCUCUAACCUUGUGUUUUUGGGGGUCCCAGUCCCUCCCAGCCUGCAAACCCCAGCAAACUCAACUGGCCUCUCAUUAUUAAAUCUUCGCCAAGCAGCAACACUCUCUCACUCUCAACUCAAUCCAUCUCCUCUCUCUCUCUCUCUCUCUCUCUUUCUUCAUCCCUUUCUCUCUAGCCUCAUCCAUUUAUACGCUCCAGUCCGUAUGACUCAGUCCCAGGACGAUCCCGGGUUCUAUCUCCCCUCCCACUUCCUCACGGACGACGUCGUGCUCCACAACAUGGACGACAGCAACAGCUUCCGCGGAAACUGUCUCGAACCCCGCGCCAGAUUCCCCACCGAGUUCCCGUUCGAGUCCGACUCGUCCGAUUCCAACUGGGCCCUGAGUUCCCCCGUCGAGUCCGUGGUGGGCUCCUCCGAGACUGAGGGCGGCAGCAGCAGCGACGAGGAGGACUUCCUCGCCGGCCUGACUCGCCGCCUUGGCCAGUCCUCGCUGCAGCCGGCUCACCAGACCCAGAAGCUGUCCGUCCCCGACGCGUUCCCCAAAGAGAAACCCGAGUGGGUCAUGUCCGGGUCUCCCCAGUCAAUUCUGAGCGGAGUCGGGAGCUGGUCGAGCAACGGAAGCCCGACGGGCCCGUCUUCCCAGGUGCCGUCCCCACCGACGACACCGUUUGGAGCUCAGGACGACACCUGGGAGCUGAUUUACGCGGCAGCCGGGCAGGUUGCGCGGUUGAAGAUGACUAACAGCCUUGGUGGAGCAACUGAGUUCAGCGGCAACCACGGCCGCCGCGGACUUAUGGUGCCACCUCGGAUCCCCAGUCCUCCCCAACACUCUGCUCCCGGUCUCUGCUCCAACCGGAGCUUCCCUCAGUUUCACCAUGUGAGGCAGGAGAACCAAGUAAAUCAUCUUCCUUGGUCAGCUCAGCCACAGCAGCAACCACAGCAGCAGCACCAGCAGAUCCAAACCAGAGGAAGAAACACUGCAGGUUACGAGAGAUGCGGGCAUGGUGUUAAUUUGCCCCAAUCAGCAUGGCCGCCGCUGCAAGUCCAUCACCACCACCAGCACCACCAUCAAAAUCAACAGGGACAGCACCACAAUAACGCCGCCGUGCGUCCCGUUUUGCCUAACGGUUCCAACAUCAAGAGGGAAUGCGCUGGCACCGGCGUUUUCUUGCCUCGCAGAUAUACAAACCCUGCCCCUCCUGAACCUCGCAAGAAAGCAGGCAGUCCAACUGUUCUACUGCCGGCCAAGGUUGUUCACGCUCUGAACCUGAGCUUCGAGGACAUGAACCGCCACGCUCCGCCGCGUUUCAACGCCGCUUUGGCGCCAGACCACGAGGCACUGGUGGCACGGAGAAACGCACUGCUGACUCAGCAAAGACUUGGAUUAAGGGCAGCGGCCGAGGGGCCGGUAAAUCUUGAACUGCGCCUCCCCCAGGAGUGGACCUACUGAUUUAGUUCCAACUCCAAAGGGGCAAAAAGGGAAGAAAAAAAAGAGAAGAUUAUAUAGAAAUUAGGGUUUUCCGAUUAGGGUUUUAUGAAGGUGGUAUUUUGGGUUUUUAAUUAUUUAAUUAAGGAGAUUCAAGAAUGUGAGAUUAGAUUAGGAGCAAUAAGAAAGAUAUCCAGGUUUUAUUUGGAAGGGUGCUGCUGCGGCUUCUUUGGGGAGCUAGCUUUUAGGUCGAGGAAGAUAAAUUACUAGGAAAGAUGUGUUCUUUUGUGUUGUAAUAAUUUGGGUUUAAUUAAUUUAAUUUGUUCCAAAUCCAAAGUUUGAUUAGGGGAGAAUCAGUGUUUAAUUCUGGAUUAGGGUAAUUUAAUUUCUGGUUUGUAAGUGAAAUUUCACUACCCCUUUCUCUUGGGAUGUAAGAUUCUACUAAUAAGUAAUAAAAAUUAGUAGUUUUCUGUCAA